GUUACAGAUUGUGUAUAUAUUGUUGUGAUCGCAUUUAAAACUUGCUAUACACGGUUAUAUGCCAACAGGGACUCUGUAGCUUCCUCUUUCAUUCCACUCUCAAUCGCUCACUGACAUUGAAUUAUAUUAACCAGCCGACAUGACCCAAUGUAGUCGAAGCUCGCCCGAGCACAACGAUAUGAAUUCUAACAGCAACACCAACGGUACAAACAACAACGACACUACCACUGCCACUAGCGAUGACAGUCAUACAGAAAACGAUGCAGACACCACUACAUCCACAAACGGAGACCAGUCUGCAGAGUAUCGCAUGGAGAGCACACCAUUGCACACACCACCAGCGAAUGCCACAGCAACUGCACUGAAAGAAGCUCCGCAUCUGGGUGAUCUCAUGGGAUGGCGUACGACAUUCACUGAAUUACCUGGCCAGUUCACAGGACUGGAGAGGAUUGUACUGACUGCCAACGGUACACUGCAGAGGAUUAUCAGCUCUUACUACAACGCAGAGGUGACUGUGAAGAUCAGGCACAACCGCCCCCGCACCGACCAAGGGUGGUAUGACCGUGAGGUUGAGUUGCUGAUCUUUGACCAAGUGUUCUGCAUCGCUACCAGUGAGAUCCAUCUGGACAGAAAGGAGUACGUUGACCUCGUAGAGAUAAAUCGCAUUGGUCUUGGUCAGCUCUUCCGUCAUCUGAAUCUGCUGCCGUUCUUCCAUCUGCUGAAAGUGGGCCGUAACCCCGAGGGUGGCUUGAAACGAACCUACACUCUGCAGUCACCAGGUAUCACGUGCCGUAUAACGGAAACGUUCCCGCGCAAACUGUUCACGUUGCUCGACUGAUGGGGCUAUGCCGUGUAAUUGACACACUCGUGUUGCGGGAUUGGGCUGCGCUUUUGAAUAGCUCCUUGGCAAGAGAUAUUCCCACUCACAGCUGUGGUCUCAGUACGCGCCGUGUGUUUAGUCAUCUACGAGUACAGUUUUAGGGUUUCUGCCUGAUUAGUAGAGUGUGGUCUAUCUGAGUAUGGGGGGGGGCCUUUCACCAGCGUACGUGUGACGAAAUACUUUCGCGAAUGAGAACAGCAGUAUCAUCAUAAUGUGGAGGCUACUCCAUUGCUCUAAUACACCCACGCGUGAGUGCGGGUGUAAAAGUAUAAGAACAGUUUAAAUUACAGUGGCUACGAAGACCUUCAAAAGACAAAUGAGAUGGUAUCAUAUCAUCGCGAAACUUCGAUGCAUUUUGCAUUUUGCAUACUUGCGAAUCCAACACACACAUCAGUAUGCUGUUGUGCUGUUUACAUCGUCUGUGCAAGUUACAUAUAUUGGAGUGUGGUUGACACAAAAUAACAAACGGCAGUAUCUGUAUGAGAUCAUUCUCAUGUCACCCCUACGCUCUUCGUGAUCGUCUUCAAAUAUACGGGGCAGCUCAGACGGAUAAGAAUACAUGCGCCAAAGUCAACGAGUUCAUCAAUACUUAGCAUGCACUGCCUAACUCAACACUAAACUGUGAAAUCGAAAUUAGUUGUCCCAUAAAAGCAG